GCCCAUAUGGUAAAUAUCUAAAACCAAACUCUGAAAUUUAUAAGAUUUUUAUAGGGUUACGAUUGCAGCUUCAACCCUAACACCUGCAGAGAAUAGAUAUCGCGACGCAGCCAUGGGAAGGAGACCUGCCAGGUGUUACAGACAAAUUAAAAACAAGCCAUACCCUAAGUCACGGUUUUGCCGUGGUGUUCCUGAUCCCAAGAUCAGAAUUUAUGAUGUCGGUAUGAAGAAGAAGGGAGUUGAUGAGUUUCCCUUCUGUGUUCAUCUGGUUAGUUGGGAGAAGGAAAAUGUUUCAAGUGAGGCACUUGAAGCUGCUAGGAUUGCUUGCAACAAGUAUAUGUCUAAAUUUGCCGGAAAGGAUACAUUCCACUUGAGAGUCAGGGUACAUCCUUUCCAUGUUCUGAGGAUUAACAAGAUGCUUUCAUGUGCUGGAGCUGAUAGGCUUCAGACAGGUAUGAGAGGUGCUUUUGGAAAGCCACAGGGAACUUGUGCUAGAGUUGCUAUUGGGCAGGUCCUUCUUUCAGUCCGCUGCAAGGACAGCAAUAGCCAUCAUGCACAGGAGGCCCUUCGUCGUGCCAAGUUUAAGUUUCCCGGGCGUCAAAAGAUCAUCGUCAGUAGGAAGUGGGGAUUCACCAAGUUUAGCCGUACUGACUAUCUGAAGUACAAGUCAGAGAACAGGAUCAUGCCUGAUGGUGUGAAUGCAAAGCUUCUUGGGUGCCAUGGACCAUUGGCUAACCGUCAACCAGGAAGAGCUUUUUUGAAUGCCAGUGUUAAUGCUUAGGCUUGUCUUUAUAAAGGAAUAUUAGAGUUUGGGUCGGAUUUGUUUUGAAAGAGUGAAUUUGAAUUUUAUGUUGUCUGCACAUUAUAUUAUAAUAAUACUGAGCUGGGUUAAUUUUCUUUUUGCAAACCACCCUGAAUGGAUAAUUAAUGUUAUAUUUUGAUGAUGUUUUCGAUGUCUACAUUUUA